AGUAACGGCGUACAGAGCAUUGUCAGACAUAUAUGUUUGUACAAACGCGUAACAGCCAAGGACAGAUCAUAUACAUUGGUUUCUGCGCGACAUUGGAGCGGCCAAGGCCUCUCUCCAUGUUUCACGGUCAGGCCUUGGCCGCAGUCUCGAUCGAGGACAGUCCCUAUCAAUUUUGCGAUGCCAAGCAAUGCCGAGGUCAAUUUCGUUGGCCUUGCGGGAAGGCUGCAAAGUUGCAGAUAACGGCUCGGCUCAAUGCCACGUUCAAGCUAUAAAUGUGAAGCUAUGCCAAGGAAAAGAUGUUUUGGAGAGAAUGAAUUAUUUGUAUCAGGCUAGUCAUUUAAUGGCGAUACAGUCCAAGAAUCCAGUCGCUGCUUCGUACUAUGGUAACAUAAUGCUUGGUUGUGCUAAAAAAGCUGUUCUUCGAAUGAGUCCGGAUGUAAAGAGAACAAUCUGCAAGCGUUGUCAGUUACCUCUGAUACCAGGGGACACGGCUAGAGUACGAUUGGUCUCAAAACCAAUGAAACUGGUGAAAUGGACAUGUCUUACCUGUGGCGCUACAAGAAAAUUCCCUACGAAGAAGGGAUAUAAAUUGUGGGCAGACCAACCAGAAGCUCUAGUUGAAUUGUUUGACUAUACCCCGAAACAGAGUGUUGAUAAUGUAACUGCAUGUAACAGGCGAAACAAUGAUGCGACAAAGUCAAGUUCUCCAUCUGUAGAUGGUAAUAGUCUAUGCACUAUAGAAAAUCAUGGAAAUAGUUUUCCUACGACUGAAGAAAACACUGUACUCAACGUUGAAAGUAAUUUAAGGCAAGAUAAGAACGUGAUUAGCGAAUGCACUAUGGUUCAAGAUUGACAAAUGUAUACAUAUCAGAUUAAAUUUUUAACAAAUUGCUAUAUAUUCAAGUACUGCGAUUGUAAUUUAUGUAUUGAUUUCAUGAAUUUACAAUUUCGUGAUAAAUUUAACUUUUUAAAUAUUGUAUUUUGUGGUUUUUUCUAAAAGACACCAUUACCCCAUAAAUCGAUAGCGAACAGUUUCUUUAAUAGUAACUCAUGGUUUGAAUGGGUUCGAUUUUGUUUUACGUAAAUCUGCAUGGAAUUUUUCAGGAUUAAGACACGAAAAAUCUUUACAAGUACGAAUAUUUCUUAUUAAUCACUUACGUAAAAUAUGUUACAAUAUUACAAUCAGUUUACAAUCGAUAAACAGACAGUUCCUGGCUAACUCGAAUAAUUAUAACGUUCUAACAAUAUUUUAAUCAAUUAUAGCUUAAUUGUAUUUUAUUAAACAUUCGUGGUAAUAACUUACAUGAGAUUUAAGUGAUUUUUUUCAAAUCUUCGAGUAUGAGAUACAUUUGAGAAAUAUGUAACAAGUUAUAAAGCUUAUAGAUAAUAUUCUGUUCCCUGAAACAAUUAUACUAUAUAAAAUAUGGUAAACGUAAAAACUUGAAUGACUCGUCGUCAUUUAAAAAAGAUUUCUUCUGGAACCAUUGAGCGUAACUGUAAGCUUUACAUAUUAUUACAAAUAGUGUCUCGUUCCGUUUAAUUAUGAUAUGACUAUGUCCGUCCAUAGCCCACCAUUCACUCGUUUACGCGAUACAAUACAUAAAUGAACCUCGCUGCGAUCAAAUUAUUAUAAUACUGGAAUGUUAUUGAUUAUGGAGCUAUUCAUCAACUGCUUAUUUUUUAAAUUAUUUUAUUAUAUUAAUCAAACAUUCUUAAAGAGAUUUCUAACUGUCUAUGUCAAUGAAUAUGUUCGUUACAAAACUUACAAUUAGACUUGGAGCAGUAUCAAGUAUUAUUAAUAAAUGUAUGGACGCAAAUUAGGAUUACUUGUUCAGCUACCUCAUUUUGUGUCGAGUCGUUACCGAAAAUUACAUUAUCAAGUAUAAAAACAAUAGUAACAUCAAAAUGUGAUAACAGACAUUAAUCGAACAUCC